AUGAUAUUUGUCUUUCUUAUUUUUUAUAUGAAUAUUGUUUUAUGUACAUCAAAUAAUACAACUCAAUUUGAUAAUUUCACUAUUGAAUGGCAAGAUUUUAAUCUAUUCAAUUGUGCUGUACCAACAAUAAUGAAUUUAUCAUUAUUUACUUGUUUACCACCAGCUGGUUAUACACAAGUUGAUGACAUCAAUUGUCUAAAUAUGACUUCUGUCGACUUUGACCAAAAUAUGUGUCAAAUUACUACAGAUACAGUUAUUUAUACGACAAGUACUUUAAUAGUAACACAAGAAACAACAACAUUGACAAGUACUUAUAAACAAGCAGAAACUUCAAUAAGCAUGACAACAGCUACAACUCAAUCGACAACAACAACAACUACUACUGAUGUCGCCUCUACGUAUACUUCCAUAACAACUAUAACUGAUGCAAUCCAUACUUCAACUACUAGUAGUGCAACUAUUCAUUCAUCAUCAUCAUCAUCAACAACAACAACAACAACAACAACAACAAUAACGACAACAACAACACCUAACGAAAAUAUAUAUAGCUGUCCGAAUAAUUCUUACAUAGGUUCGUACUGUAAUAUAUCCUCUGAUGCAUGUACUGUGUCACAACCAUGUGAAAAUGCAGCAACUUGUUUUCCAAACAAUUCUGUACCAUAUGGAUAUUAUUGUCACUGUCAAACUGGUUAUGAAGGUUAUAAUUGUCAAUAUGAUAAUAGAGCAUGCAUGGAAACCACAUGUUGGCAUAAUGGAACUUGUAUAUCAGUUAACUCAACUAUAUCGUCAACUGAUGGAACAAAUUUUAAAUGUGAAUGUAUGGAAGGUUAUAAUGGUGUUUAUUGUGAACUAACCGUUGAUUUAUGUGGAAAUAUUACAUGUGAAAAUAAUGGUAUUUGUCAAACAGUUGAAUUAAUGUGGCAAUGUUUAUGUCUUGAUACAACAUUUUAUUAUGGUGAUUAUUGUCAAUUUAAAACAAGUACAUUAAAAAUUAAAGAAAUGUUAAGUAAAUCAUUUGCAUCGAUUGCAAUUGGAGCUAUUGUUACAACAUGUACAUUUGUUAUUGUUAUGGAUGUACUUAAAUAUGUUUUUCAUAUUGAUCCAGUUGAAUAUGAACGUGAUAAUUAUCGAAAACGACGUGAAGCACAAAAACGUGCAAGACGACCAGUAAAAAAAAAUCAAUUGAAUGUUGCAUUAAGAUUUCAAUAUGUAUCAUAA